UGGAUCUAACGAUUUACGUCAAGUUGUGUAUCUGUAUUUUCACAGAAUCCUUGCCGGAAUUAAUCGUAUUACACGCGAGUCAUUAAUUGAGAUUCUUUUGCAUUGUUAGUUAAGUGUUUUUUCUUCUGUAUUUAAUUCUGGAAGAUCUGAGUAAAUUUGUAACAAUGGCAGAUAUGUCAAUGAAUAUUGUUACUCCGCGAAAGAUGUCUUUCGGUAUCAAUGGGAAAUUAAAUGGUCUAGAAAGCAAAACACCAUUUUUAAUUGGAGUUUCAGGGGGCACUGCAAGUGGAAAAUCAACUGUGUGCAAACGUAUAAUGGAAAAAUUAGGGCAGGUAGAUAUGGAUCACAUGCAGCGGCAAGUAGUUUGUAUUUCACAAGACAGCUUUUAUCGAGAUUUAUCGCCAGCCGAAAAACUUAAAGCUGAAAAAGGUCAAUAUAAUUUUGAUCACCCUGACGCAUUUGAUAAUGAUUUAAUACUUCAAACGUUACAAGAUAUACUAGCUGGGGUGAAAUGUGAGAUACCAGCUUAUGAUUAUAGAACAAAUAGUUUAAUGAAAGAUCAAAUUACAACAAUUUAUCCUGCUGAUGUAGUUUUAUUCGAAGGCAUUUUAGUGUUUUAUUUCCCUAAAAUACGAGACUUGUUCCAUAUGAAGUUAUUUGUGGAUACUGAUUCAGAUACCAGAUUAGCCAGAAGAGUACCAAGAGAUAUAAAAGAAAGAGGAAGGGACUUAGAUUAUGUAUUGAACCAAUAUAUGAAUUUUGUAAAACCUGCCUUUGAAGAAUUCUGUCUUCCUACUAAGAAAUUUGCUGAUGUUAUCAUACCAAGGGGUGCAGACAAUACAGUGGCAAUAGACCUUAUAGUGCACCACAUCUGGGACAUUUUACGUUUGAAAAAGGCUGAAAACUCAUCCAGGCAGCAUCCAUACAUCUACCAACAUAGGCGUACUUCAACUUCAUCCGACACGCUCAGCAGAUGAUUGUAGCAUGAUAUACGCACUUAUCAGCUCUACAUUUUUAUACACAAUAUACUGAUAUCUAAGAUUUGUAGUAAUCUCAAAACAUUUUCCUUUUUUUCUUUUUUUUUGAACACAAUUGUUUCUUAUAUAUAAUUAUACAACUAUAUUUGUAUUACACUUGUAUUAAGCAACAAACAAUAUUGCUUCUAGUGUAUGCAUCUAUCAAACCCUUAAUUUGGGUAAAAUUAAUUUUUGAUUGUUCCUAAAACUUAGGCAUAAUGCAUGAUUAUACAAAGUACCUUGUUUAAACACUAUAA